CAACCAACAUGUGAGGCUAUGGUAACUCUACUCUCUAUGCGCUCUCUCUCUGUCUGUACCUUCCAUGCCAAACCAACACCGUCGAUCUGGUAGAGCCAUAUUUCUCUAGCUCAUAAGCCAAUCGACCAUACAUCUUUGCUCACGUACUGCCUUAUUAGACGGGCAGACGUAUGACGAACACCAUGGCACGUUUUUAGCAUCCAUCUCCUAUACCUGCCACGCUCUGCCUGCUCUGUGCUCCUUGUUUAUCUGGCCCUCACCACAAAACCACCCCAUUUCGCUGCUCGUAACGGCCCAUUGAGUAUAUAUAUCCAAAUCUGCCAAAGCUGCACGAAUAGCUUCUCCCCCCUGCGCAUUUGUGCCCCUUGACCUUGCGCUUUCUCCCAGAGCGCAACCAUGAGUGCAGACGAUAGGGGCCUAGAUUCUGGAGAUGACCCCCGCUUAGAGAAGAUCGAGCCAUCGUUGCCAAGGGUCAUUCAGGAUGUUAAGGAGGAAGAUACAGACUCUCCGGCCUUACAUCCUUCAGUCUAUGUUGUGAUUUGGAUCUCGCUGAGCUCCAGCGUCAUUCUGUUCAACAAAUGGAUCCUCGAUUCCCAAGAAUUCCGAUACCCUGUGCUUCUCACAGCAUGGCAUCUCUUCUUUGCGACUGUAAUGACGCAGAUCAUGGCCCGAACCACAACCCUCCUCGAUGGACGAAAGAAUGUUCGCAUGAACACGCGCAUGUAUAUACGGACUAUCCUCCCCAUAGGGAUAGUUUACAGUCUUAGUCUGAUAUGCGGAAACCUGACGUACCUAUACCUCAGCGUUGCAUUCAUCCAGAUGCUCAAGGCGACGACACCAGUGGCCGUCCUCAUAACAGGCUGGUUCUUCGGGGUUCAAAAGCCCAACAUGCGCGUGCUGUUCAACGUGUCCUUCAUCGUCAUCGGCGUCGUCCUCGCCUCGUUUGGAGAGAUUAAAUUCGUGAUGCUGGGCUUCCUCUUCCAAUGCGGUGGUAUCAUGUUCGAAGCCGUGCGACUCGUCAUGGUGCAACGGCUCCUCAACUCCCCUGAUUCGAAGAUGGACCCCCUCGUGUCGCUGUACUACUUUGCGCCGGUCUGCACAGUCUUCAAUGGCCUGAUCGCAUUAGCCUGGGAGGUGCCGAAAGUCUCAAUGGAGGAUGUCCAUAAAGUUGGGUUGCAUAACUUUGCCCUCAACGCUAUGGUGGCGUUUGCAUUAAACGUAUCUGUGGUCUUCCUCAUCGGAAAGACGUCCUCCCUCGUGCUCACGCUUUGUGGUGUUCUCAAGGAUAUCCUCCUUGUAGUAGCCUCGAUGAUGAUCUGGGGCACCAUCGUCACGCCCCUCCAGUUUAUCGGAUAUGCCAUCGCCCUAGGAGGUCUGGUGUACUAUAAACUCGGCGGCGAGCAGGUGCGGACACAUCUGGAGAUGGCCAGCCAGCGUUGGAGAUCGAUGUCGUCACGCCGCCCGUUCCUGUGGAGGAUGCUCAUGUUCAUCAUCGCAUUCUGCAUUGUAUACGCGCUUGUCGACGUCCUGGCUCCUUCAUAUGCCCCAAAGUAUGACCCGGAGAGGGUGUCGGCGGCAUACUUGGCGGCGAAGGAAAGGUAUAAGAAUGGUGGGGCGAACAUUCCUAAGGACAACCGAUUCUGAAAAGAUGAGGACGAUCAUGAGUGAUGCUUUCCCGGGAGGAGCGUCACAGGAUGGGAUGGGCUUUGUCAGCUUUAUAUAGACUUCUUGGUUUGAUGCACUUGCUGGUUGAGUAAUAUUGCAUCUUGUUUUUGUCGUUUCAUGGCGAAAGGGAAGAAGGGGGUUUAAAAGGGCAAUUUCAGACGCUGGCGCGGAUAAGGGGGAGUAAAAGGGUCAUUUUGGGAAUGGAUGGACGGAUGGAUGGACGGUGACAGUGUGAUGAUGAGAAGCUCCUCUGUAAUGACUGGCAAAAGAACAUAUAUUACUGUAGAAGUACAUUGUCACAGUAGCACCGGGGCCUAGAGUGAUUCCCCUGUGAUUAAUAAAUCACCUUCGAUCGCGCUAUUCAUCGCAUAGAUUUCAAGUAGAG